AGUCGGAAGAAGCGACAGACUACAAGUACCGCGGUGCAAUGCGCGACGCAGCUUGCGACGGAGACGUACAGAGUGCGUGGAGGCGGCGGUGUUUGCGCAUGCGUGCGGAGAAGCGUGCUUGAUGUGGAGGUCAGAGCUGGAAGAGGUGAGUGAAGGCAGACCUGUGUAUGUGUGUUCUCUAUUAUGCUGCGCUGCUGACUAUGUUGGCGCCAUGGAGGUGCCAUAUAUUAUGAAACCUGCAGAAUGGUGUUAUUGACUAGCAGGGUUCUUCAGUAAUGUGGGAAUUAUCGAUAAUUCAAUGUCAGUGUUUAGUCUCAGGCCUAGGUGGCUGAACUCCAAAACAUUCUUUAAAGGAACACUAUAGCAUUAGGAUUCCAAAACUAUUAAUAACAAACUAAAUGCCUAACAAAACAUUCUUUAAAGGGACACUAUAGCAUUAGGAUUCCAAAACUAUUAUUAAUAACAAACUAAAUGCCUAACAAAACUGUUUUUAAAGGGACACUAUAGUGUCAGGAAAACAAAUCCGGUUUUCCUGACACUAUAGUAUCCUGAGGGUGCCCCCACCCUCAGGGUCCCCCUCCCGCGGCGCUGAAGGGGUUAAAACCUCUUCAGUAACUCACCCAAUUCCAGCGCCGGGCUCCCUUACCUCUCCUCCCCCGCCGACGUCAGCAUCCUCGUCCGACGUCACAGGAGCCGAAUGUGCAAUGCUUUCCUAUGGACGCUCUGUGUGAUUAAGGCAUAAUAUGCCUCAGUCAUUGCAAAUGUGGCUGUUUGAAACUGCUAUGUUUUUAUCAGGAAGGGUUAACUCUAUAGGAACCUGGCACCCAGAUCACUUCAUUGAGCUGAAGUGGUCUGGGUGACUAUAAUGUACCUUUAACUGCUAACUCUAUAGUGUUCCUCAGCCCUAAAGUUAUUGUAUGGUGCAUCCUUCCCUCCAUGUUAAAAGGUUAAAAAAAUAAAAUAAACUUUAAACGUAUCUCUUUCCAGUGACAAGCUCCUGACGCCGUCUACUGACAUCGGUAAUGGGGGGGGGGACAUUGUGCGCAUGCAGUGUGAGUGCCGCGCAUGCAUUAGGCCAUCCCCGUAUGAAGCAUUGCCUCAGUGCUUUCCUAUGGGGAUUUUCUGGACGCUGGAUGUCCUAAUGCAGAGCGUGAGGUUGUCCAAGUCUGUGAAACUCCAGGAAGUGCCUCUAGUGGCUGUCUGGGAGGCAGUCACUAGAAGCAGUCUUAGCUCAGCAAUGUAAACAUUGCAGUUUCUGUGAUGGGACAGGGUCACUACAUCCAAACUAUAGCCACUCUCAUUGAAGUGGUCUGGGUAGGUAUAGUCUCCAUUUAAGUCAGCUAUGCUUGUAAUUGUUAGUUUGACCUAAAAUUUUAAGUUUAUUUUGUUUUCCUGGCAUUUACACUUUAACGAUUAAAGGACCACUAUAGUGCUAGGAAAACAAACUUGUUUCCUGGCACUAUAUGGUUAUUUGCCCCCCUCCCGCUGGGUUGAAGGGAUUAAAACCCCUUCAGCCACUUGCUUUAAUCCAGCGUGGGGCUGGUGACCUCUCCUCCUCCUGCCAACGUCAGCGCAGAAUGUGCACGCGUGGCAAGAGCGGAAGCGGCCUCUAGUGGCUGUCAGGGAGACUGCCACUAGACGCUGGAUUCACCCUCAGUGUAAACAUAGCCGUUUCUCUGAAACUGCCAUGUUUUCAGCUGCAGGGUUAAAACUAGAGGGAUCUGUCACCCAGACCACUUCAUUGAGCUGAAGUGGUCUGGGUGCCUAUAGUGGUCCUUUAACUAUUUGUGUAUGGGGAUAGGUUGAUUGCAACUGGGAAGAUAAGCUGAAUGCCCAGGUCAGAGGUGUCUUGGGUGUAUAAUAAAUUAUUGGAUAGGGGAAACUCAUGCUCGGGUUUUUUUUUUCUUUUCUUUUUUUUAGGUAAUAUCACUGUAUUGGGAUUUCUGUUUAUUUUAAACCAAUUGUUCAAUACGUAUUCCAAAAUUUCUCUCUCUUUACUUUUUACAGAAGAACAUAUACUAAAACAUGGCAGCGCGGCUCUUUGAGAGAAUUGGCAAACUUGGCCUGGGAUUGGCUGUGGUUGGUGGAGUGGUGAACUCUGCUUUAUAUAAUGGUAAGUAGGUAUAUUAAAGCAGGUCAUGUACUUUAAUCUCUUUAAUCAACAUUGCAGUUUAUCCCACACCACACUGUUCUUUUAUGGCGACAUUAGUAAUUUCCCUAUUCUGGUACAUAGUUACACUAACUUAGAGGUUUCCAUGAUGAAUUCCUCCAACGGGGGAACACCAGUUAUUUCUGCUAGUUUUCUACCUUUUCUGUACGGGCUUUCACUGUGCCCUAACUUAUGGACUAACCUGAAGAAAGAUUGGGACUAAAGAGAGCGUGGUACAAGUUUGUUAAAACAAAUUAUUAAUGAUCGUUUUUGUCUUUCCCCUCCCUCUACAAGUUGAUGCUGGACAUCGUGCUGUCAUCUUUGACAGAUUUCGAGGGAUACAGGAUAUAGUGUCCGAUGAGGGGACACACUUCAUCAUUCCAUGGGUGCAAAGGCCAUUUAUUUUUGACUGCCGUUCCCGUCCUCGCAAUGUUCCUGUUAUUACUGGGAGCAAAGGUGAGUAGAUGCUCUAGUGACAUAUAUUUGUGUUUCCUUAAAGGACCACCCCACACCUAUAAGGCAAUUCAGUAUCCCUUGAUAAUGACCGUUUUUAUAUUAGAUAUCAGAACUUUCCUGCUUCCAUUAGUACCCCUGAGCUAACAGAAGUGGCAGGUGUGCUCUACUGGAGCGCGUCUGCUUCUCCCCCUGCAUACUUCAGACUAGCGUCGAGUAUACUGCUUGUGCAUGCACAAAGGGAGCCCUUUAUAAGAUUCUCAAUUUCCCUGCAAACAGACUGAAAGUUUCUUCCAGGGAAAAAGUGAGUUCAAAAGAACUGCAGCUUUUGCUAACUGUUGCAAGAUAUACCCCCAGUUAAUACGUACAUGAUAAUGCAUGUAUACAUGGGAGAUGUAUGUACUAACCACUUAUUUAUAUAUUUUGCCAAUAUGGUCAGUGGAAUGUUCCUUUAAGUCUGAAGGAUAAUCUAUACAUGGACCCUUUUCUUACUAUUUCUAGAUUGACAUCAGUUGUACCUCACUGAUGAAGCCCAAGAAAGCCAAAAUAAUCUGUGUUGCUGCAUAUUUUGUACGGAUGUGACUUGACUAGCAUGUAUUUAUUUUUCUGAUGCAUUUGCUUUUUUAGACUAAUAGCAUAGUUUCUCGCAUUAGAGGACCACUAAAGUCAUCGAGGGCUCUUCAUCUCAAUGAAGUGGCCUAGGUGCAGUGGUAAAAAAUGUCAACAUGUUUUUUUUUUUAAGUUUUAAUCUCCUGCUAUGUAAAUCAAACUUUGAUCACAUAUAGGAGGCUUUUGCAGGGUCUAACAAGCUAUUAACAGAACAGGAGGUAGUAAACAGAAUGUGCAAUAAAGGAAUUCUAAACCUUAGAUUACUCUUUACAGGAAGAGCACAGAAAGACUGUACAAGUCACAGUCAGGGACCUGUGACGAGGCCUGUAUGAACAUUGAUUCAACUCCUAAAUGGCAGAAAAUUUAAGCAGUGAGACUGCAGAGCAUGAUCUAUGCACCAAAAUUGCUUCGUUAAGCUAAAGUUGCUUUGGUGCCUAUGGUGUCUCUUUACGUCCACCUUAAGCUGCUCAUGAAAACAAAAACCUAUUGUCAUUGAUGUGCAAGUGUUUUUGUAUAUGAUACCAACUUUUUUUUUAUUGCAAUAGAUUGUAUGUAAUGAGAAAUGGGUGAUUUGUCCCACAGAUCUACAGAAUGUCAACAUCACUCUGCGUAUCCUUUUCCGGCCUAUAGUCAGUGAGUUGCCUCGGAUCUUUACUAGCAUUGGAGAGGACUAUGAUGAGAGAGUACUUCCAUCAAUUACAACUGAGAUUCUCAAAUCAGUAGUGGUAAGUGGGGAAGGUAGACUCCUUGUAGCGUACUUGACAUUGAAAAAUGACAUGGAAUCCUAUUAUAGAAAAUGUAAUUUAAACUACAUAUCACUGAAUAUUUAGCAAAUACAUAAAUAAGUAAUCUGCAUAUAUUUUUGUGUUCUACAAUUUACCAUUGGCCCAUAAUUCAUAUUUAGAAAUAUAGCUCCUGCAAUAUGUGUAUAUCUCUAAUUAUUGUGUAGGCUAAGCACCAUGACCCAUAUAGCUCGUUGUACUGGCAAUAGGUAGAGACUAUGUGGGCACUGCCCCCAGAUUUCUAUUAAAUAUUUUUAUUUGAUUAACAAAAAAAUCAUAGGGGGGUGGGUGAGGGGGGAGGAGAAGGGUAAAUCUCAUCUUAGCAAUGUCUGAGCUGGGGGACUAACUGCAGUUAUAAGCCACUCUCAAACAGGAGAGUGGGUCAGGGUAUUUUAGACACCAUUAACUUUGUUAUUAUAGUUCUUAAAUUGACUUGUUAAUUUGUAGACUUUUUAUCCUUUGCUGAUUAAUUGACUUUUCAUUAGAUGACCGGUCUGCAUCAGUUUCUAGCAAUCUCAUUUUUAAACCACCAUCUUGCCUCCCUAAAUAUAGUAAAAUCUUACUUGUAUUCGAGUCUGCAGCGUCUGGCUCUCCCUGUUUGCCUGUGAACUGCCUCUGUCUGCUAAAAUAAUCAGACGUGGUCGGAGUCAUUCAGUGCUUCCCCAUAGGAUUGGCUGAGACUGUCAUGGUGGCAGAUCAGGGACAGAGCCAGCACAAGUCAAACACAGCCCUGGCCAAUCAGCAUCUCCUCAUAGAGAUUAAUUGAAUCUGAAAAGACAGUGUUUACAACAAAAACCUUAAAGGGAAGGUUUCUACUCACCAGAACAAAUGCAAUAAGCUGUAGUUGUUCUGGUGAGUAUUGUCCCUUUAAAUGCAUUAAACCUUAUUUUUUAUUUUUUUAUUUUCCCCAUUAGACUGUGAUCUCUGCACUGAUCUUCCCCCUUCAAUGUGAAUUUUUACUCCUGUAAACAGAUCUAUUUCCCAUCUCCUUUUCCAUCUUAGGCCCGGUUUGAUGCUGGGGAACUGAUCACCCAGAGAGAGCUUGUCUCCAAACAAGUGAGUGAGGACCUUACAGAGAGAGCUGCAACGUUUGGGCUUAUCCUCGAUGAUGUCUCACUGGUAAGUGUACUGACUGACCGCUGCUUCAAGAUGUGCAGACAUAGAAAGACCUCGAAUGCAAAUUUAUGGGAAAAUUAUCUUAUAUCUUUUAAAGUUCUUUAUGGCUUCAGUGUUUAGGGAGUGUGCACUUGACACUUGCUAUUGGCAAGUGAAAAUGUAUUCCUGGUUAGUAUGCUGUGAAUUUUCCAGGCUUGCAGUGGUGAAUAACGGUUAGGCCUAGCCCAUAGCAUAAGUCCAUUCUGUGUAUAUUUCUAUGCACAGUUGCAGUCGUUGUCUGAAAGUGUUCUGCUGACUCUCUGGGACAGUGGAACCAACAUCCAGCUUCUGCAGCUCUCCAGAGUCUGGAUGCACGUCACCGACUGUAAGGGACCCGCAGCACUUUUGGCUUUUUGGGUCUUCUCUUAUCCCAUGCUUCUUUCAUUGUACCUUCUCUCUCUGUGAAUGUCCCUAUGCAGCUUUCGUUUUGUUUGUUUACUCUAAAGUUCCCUUCUGGUGGUUUACUCAAAGAAAAGGACCCUUCCCUCUUGAGGGAGUUUUAGCAAGUCCUUGCUGCUCAUUCCGUAAUGAUAUCCCACCCAUGUAAGCAGUUGGAAGCUGUGUUUUAGAACUUGCUGAAACUUUGCCAUUUGCAUCUACACUAUAUUCACUAUAUAGAAUACCACUGGAUUCCCUGUAAGAUAAGGUGGUUUGCAGAAACUUCAGUGAAUGCCGUAGACAUGCAGUGGCAUUUAAUCUAUUUAUUUAUUUUUUUUAAAUUUUAAAUAAAUGGUAAUCGUCUAGUGGAUCCCAAAUCAGUCCUCAUGGCUCACCAGCAAUCAUGGAUUUAUGUAUUUCCCUGUUUUAUUCUGAUGGAGAUACUGAUAAAACCAGUACUGUUGUUGGGUCUUAGAGUGGUGUGGGAAUCACUAGUCUAAAGAAUGUUUAUUCUGUGUAAACUACACAUCUGCAGUUUUUCCUCUCUGUUUAAUGAGAAUAUUGCAAAUUUACAAAACAUUCUCCCUUAAGGAACUAGGCACCUAAUGUGGCAUUAAGAAUCAAAACACGAUUUACACUUAAAAUUGCUAUUAAAAGGAUACAGAAAGGUAUUUGGUUUUCUUUUCAAAUGCAGGGAGACUCUUGACUGAUUACAUUAAUAAACAUAUCUGCUCAUUCUUUCUACAGACUCACUUGACAUUUGGUAGAGAGUUCACUGAUGCUGUAGAAGCCAAGCAAGUGGCCCAGCAGGAGGCUGAGCGAGCCCGAUUUGUUGUGGAGAAGGUACAGUUUUUAUUUAUUCAUUUUUUUAAAUUUUUUUUUUUUUUCUACACUGACAGAAUGCAGUCACUGAUAGCGUUAUUCACUAAACCGGAAUUGAUCCGGUUAAAAUUGUACGCCAAAUUUGUCUAUUGCUGAGUUUAAAAUCUGGCUAUUUUGUUCUAAAAUUUGCAAUUCCAUAGUUUCUGGUUUUGAGAAUACACAUGGGGGGUCUUUUGGGAAGCUCUUGGAGGGAAAAGGGCAUACAGUUGAAGACUCAUCUCUAGUUGAUCUUAUCUUGGUUCCUGUCCACUAUUUGAAAAAUUUGACUAAAACAAAAACAGCGCAACAGUGAGUCAAAACCUUUCUCAUUUACACUGAUCCGCUACAACAUUAAAACCACCGACAGGUGUUGUGAAUAACAUUGAUAUCGUUACGGCACCUAUCAAGGGGUGGGAUAUAUCAGGCAGCAAGUGAAUAGUCCGUUAUUGAAUUUCAUGUGUUGAAAGUAUGAAAAAUGAGCAUCUCCAAAACAGCAAGUCUUGUUGGGCAUUCCUGGUAUGCAGUAGUUGGUACUUACUAAAAAUGGUGCAAGGAAGGAGUACCGAUAAAACAUAUGGAUAGCGAAGGUUAGCCUGUCUGCUACAAUCACACAGAAAUGCUACUGUAGCUCAAAUUUAUGAAAAGCUUAAAGGAACACUACCUUUCCAGUUUGCUGGUGCUGGCUCUGCCCCUGAUCUGCCUUCUUGGCUGACAUCAUCCGAAGUGAUGAUCUUGGCCAAUCACAAUGCUUUUCCCUAGGAAAGCAUUGGAUUGGCUGAGAUUGCCAAGGGGGUGGGGCAGUUGGUAGGGCCAAACGCCACCAUAGCCAAUCUGCAUCUUCUCAUAGAGAUGCAUUGAAUCAAUUUAUUUCUAUGUGGAAGGUUCAGUGUCUCCAUGCAGAUGGUGGAAACACUGAAUGUCAGUCAAACUGUGCAACACUAACUCAGGAAGCACCUCUAGUAGCCUUUUGAGCAGUGGCCACUGGAGAUGUCCCUAGGCUGUAAUGUAAACACUGCCUUUUCGCUGAAAAGACCGUGUUUACUGCAAAAAGCCUGCAUAGACUAGCAAUACUCACCAGAACAAUUACAUUAAGCUGUAAUUGUUCUGGUGACUAUAGUGUCCCUGUAAUGCUAGCCAUUAUAGAAUUUCAGAAGUGUAUUGCAGUUUACUGCAUAGUCAGACUGUUUAGAGUGCACAUGAUGACCCCUUCCCACUGUUGAAAGAUUUUCAAUGGGAACGUGAGAGUCAGAACUGGACCGCUGGGCAAUGGAAGAUUAUCUGGUCCGACAUGUUUUGUUUUAGAUAAGGUAGAUGUGCGGGUGCGUCGUUUCUGACCUCUUAGGUGAUCAGAGUAUUGCCGCCACGGACUCCCUUUCUUCCUUAGUGAAAGCCCCCAGAGAGAUUAUAGCUGAGACUUGAUGUAAGGGUAAACACACACUUUUUAUUGGACGACUGUCGCCUUUUUAUACACUAGUUCCCAACGGGGACCACGAACAAAACCAUAGUAUUGCACAAUGCAUGUUGCAACCCUGGUGUCUGGACAUAGCAGGAUAAUUUUAUUAAAGAUCAGACACCUGGGUGCCUACGCAUUAUUUACCCGGAAACACAUGUUCUCUUGCUUACAUCCCCAAUCUGGUGUCACAUCUGGGAAAACUCUACCCUUGACAGAUAUUCAGUUCAAAAAGCGCUCAGAUCAAGUAGUCCGGGAGGUAAGUAUUGACCAAGCUGCGAGCAUCCUUCAAUCUAGCGUCAAGUUCCAGAGCGCUGGAUGGAAAGUUCUGGUCACGUCGCAUACGAAAUCAGGACAUGGAGCUCCCUCAAGUCCUGGGUAUUUUUGGAUGCCUUGCCACCUCUUUAUUCACCCCUCCAAAUAGCUCCCUGUUUGGUGGUCCUGGGGCUACCUUGAUGAAGCUUGGCCGGACCACGACAACCCCGCGAUCUGAUCUACAGUUCCAGGAGAUUCUUGGGUAGCUCCUGGUUGGGCACGUUGUACUUGUGAGAGUCCCUCGCAAGUCUCUGGGCUGCUGUUAAGGUGCUGAGGCACUGUAGAAGGGGCUUCUGGUGGGUGAUUAUAGAUCCUUCAGGAGAAGGUGGUGGCUGGGAAACAUGAACUAGUCCAAAGUGACAAGGUGGUCUCAAUAGUUUGCCUAGGGAUGGCAGCAGGAUUCACUGCAGGCCGGUGGAGGCAGUGUUAUGCUCUGGGAAAUCUUGGGUUAUGGCAUUCAUGUGGAUGUUACUUUGACACGUACACUUCUUCAUAGCAAUGGUGUUCCCUGAUGGCAGUGGCCUCUUUCAGCAGGAUAAUGCACCCUGCCACAAUUCAAAAAUUGUUCAGGAAUGGAUUGAGGAACAUGCCAAAGAGUUCAAGGUGUUGCCCUGGCCUCCAAAUUCCCUAGAUCUCAAUCCAGUUGUGCAUCUGUAGGAUGUGCUGGAACAACAAAUCCAAUUCCUUGGAGGUCCCACCUUGCAUGUUGCAGGACUUAAAGGACUUGCCUGAUUUCACGGGACAUGUUCAGAGGUCUUGUGGAGUCCAUACUCCCCAAGAAUCUCCUGGAACUGUAGAUCAGAUCGCGGGGUUGUCGUGGUCCGGCCAAGCUUCAUCAAGGUAGCCCCAGGACCACCAAACAGGGAGCUAUUUGGAGGGGUGAAUAAAGAGGUGGCAAGGCAUCCAAAAAUACCCAGGACUUGAGGGAGCUCCAUGUCCUGAUUUCGUAUGCGACGCAUGAGGGGGGCCUACACAAUAUUAGGCUGAAGGUUUUAUUGUUGUGGCUGAUCAGUGUAGUAUGGAUGUACAAUUGUUUGUGCAACAGAGUUUUGCUUGUACAUUUUGAUAAACCUGGUACAGCAUUCAUUGAAUGAGAGCAACAAAUAGAAACAUUUGCCUAGUCUCUUAAUUUACAUUGCGGCAUCAGGAUCCUAAACAGCCGGAUGUAUACAAUGAAAAAUAACGUUUCUGCCUUAAUAAAAGUGCUGAAACACAUCCUGAUUCUGCCCGACCUACCUUCCAUCUCUUUAUUUAGAAAGAAUAAAACCAUGUCCACAAUUAUGGUUUGCUGUAGUUUUCACCGUAACCCCAGGUUAAUAAAGACUCUUUUAAAUCCAUAUGUUGUCACGAGGUAGAUGACUUGGGUAAGAAAAAAAAUAACAAACAAGUGAGUGCAAUCUGUUAGGGUUAAGGUGCUGCUAAUGACUACAUUGUGCAUGCGGCUGGUAAUGUAUUAUGAGAAGUUAUUGAACCUGUGAUGUCACACACACACAUGCUCACUAAUGGUUAUAUAGGAAAAAGAUAUCUGGCCCAGAAGCAUUUGAUAACCUGCAAACAGAAGUAUACGUUCCUUCUCAAUAUUACCUAGGUAAUGCAUACAGGAAAGACCAUUUUAUUUUGACAGCACCGUGUAUACAGGGAGCCACACACAGUCAUUUUGCAUUGAUUCUGCAGUGACUUAUCAGCAAAGGCGUAGAACAGGCUAUUUUUUGUUCAAAGUAUGUAUUCUUGGCAUUAACGCUUUCAACCGUCUCCAUAGGCUGAGCAGCAGAAGAAAGCCGCUAUAAUCUCCGCUGAAGGAGACUCCAAAGCUGCUGAAUUAAUUGCUGUGUCACUAGCAGAUGUGGGUGAUGGCUUGAUAGAGUUGCGAAAACUGGAGGCUGCUGAAGACAUUGCAUACCAGCUUUCACGGUCUCGUAACGUCACCUACUUGCCUAGUGGGCAGUCGAUAUUGCUGAACCUGCCACAGUAAUUCAGCUGAGGUGAGAAUUUGGAGCAAGCAGAACUUCUCCCAAAUUAAUCCCUCAACAUGAACUUGUAGUUCUGGUUAUGAAAGCUAAUGGUGCAGUUACGGAGGAUCAUGUGUGAACACGUGAAUGUUUUGUCAGCAGCUUGACCAAUCUGUGCAGCAUCAGAAUAUGACGACAAUGACAUGCCUUAAUUAUAAGUAACCAGUUCCAAUACAACAGUAAAGUUAACUAAUGAAAAGUUGAUUACAGCAUCAACACAUUAUAUAUAAACAUGUUUUGAAUUCUGAAAGAUUCUCACGAGCGUAAUCACAUUGUUUCCUCCUAUUGGGAGGGCUCUUCACUGUGUCCCUUUUUUGUCAAUGAUUACAUGCUCUAUCUCUGUCUGUCUCUUCAUUUUCACUUACGGGAUUGUCCAACUUGUCCCAAUAUCCGUUUUAGACUACAGUACCCAUAAUUCUAUACAAGUGAAUCGUAGGAAAUGUAUUUUAACAACUGAAAGGGUUUUUUUUUUUUUUUUUUGCUCUAUGGCAAUUGAGUAUUUAAUUGUUGGGAUACAAUUCUUUUUCUAGUAGGACCAAGUACUGCAAACUACUUUUCCUGAACUCGCAUAAUCCUGUCAAUGUCAAAAAACAGCAAGGAAGUAUAGUCGAACAAUUGAGGGACGUGGUUGGACAGCCCUGAUAUAAAAUGAAACCUUAUCUUAGCAGUACUAUUCUAAAUACAUUUGGUAUAUUUUAAAUGUUCUAAAUUUUGCUAUUCAGUUGAAUGAAGUAUUUGUGACUAGGUGAAAAGGCACAGCAUGAUGUGAAUAAUGCAGGAUAGACUUGGCAGCUCUGGAAGUAAGGCAUGCUAAAACACUUUUCUUCCACUUGCUGUUUAAAUGCUUGCUAGGUGCACUGUGUCUUGGGCCCAAUAAGAUACAGAAACUCUUGUGUGUAUUUCCCAGCACUUAGACCAUAAACUUUUUUUGCACACACAUUGCCUAAUUGCAGUCGGUUUCACUGCAGUAUAUCUUUUAUUCCUGCAUAUUCCGUAGGUUGCGUAUUAAAGAACCAUUGUUGGGUAAAACACAAUCCAACCAAUCAGAAAAGGCUGCAAUUCAAAAAGAACCAAAAAAAUAAUUUAAUGGCAGCCCCCAGUUUCAUAAAACAUUUAAUUUCUGGGGCAAUAAAAGUAAAACAAUACUCCUCAUAAUUUGAAAUGUUAGUCUGUGUGCUUUUUAUAUAAGAAUUUAUAAUAUAGCAUUACUGUCUGUGGGGUUAUUUUUUUAUUUUAUUUUUUUUUUAUUGGCUUUUGCCAUAGGAAAUUCUAUCUUGUAAUGGAGCAUGGUCUUUAACAUAAAUAUUUUCUUUAUAACUCUGAGCUGUCCAUAUUCUGUUAGCUGUUGUAAAAGAAUAAAUGCUGAUUAUUUCAAUUAGGAAACAUGUCCCAUGUGUCUUUCAUAUAUGUUAAUGUCUCGCAUUUUUUGUGUAUUUAAAAUGAUUAUUUUAUUCCCAAUAGCUUAACCCCUUAAUGACGCAAGGCAUGCUAUGCCAUCCUACAAAAGGUGGGCUUAGCACGCCCUAAUGAUCUCCUACCCCCAGCCCAGGUACUCUCUGUGAUGAUCGCUAUCGGUGGGACUGCCUGACGACUGAGGCCGUUCCCCUGGUCACGAUGGUCAUCCGCGUCAUCUUCUCACGACGCUGCCAUCAAAUGACACGGAUCAGCUUCAGUGGCUUAUUCACUGCAGGGGGGACCUGGGUUGUUGGGCAGAUCCACAACUUAUAAUUAAUAAAAAAAUGAUUGUGCAUAAAAAGUACAGUUGGAAUAAAAAUAUAUCUAUUCUAAGUGUAUUUUGAUAUUAAAUAUAUAAUUUUGUUAAUUGUAUAUUGUGACCUGCCUGACAACCCAUGCAGAAAUACCAAAUUUAAUUUGCAAGCGCUAUGUACAAAUGUCUUAUUUUAGUAAAAGCUAACCGUAUUAUGAAAUUCACAGUUAAAAU